AUGGCCUCCUCAUCAUCAUCAUCACCGCAGCCGCUCCCCGCCUACGCCAAGUACACCCACUUCCUCACCACCUCCCCGGCCCCCUUCGUCGCGCACGUCGAGAUCAACCGGCCGCGCAAGCUCAACUCCUUCUACGAGGCCAUGUGGCUCGAGCUCUCCCGCUUGUUCGCCCAGCUCUCGCACGACCCCGACGUCCGCGCCGUCGUCCUCUCGGGCGCCGGCGACCGCGCCUUCACGACGGGGCUCGACGUCCAGGCCGCGAGCCAGGGGCCCCUCGUCGCGGCCCGAUCGCCAGACGGCCCGGGGGACCCGGCGCGCGCGGCGCUCGCCCUGCGCCGGCACAUCGACGAGUUCCAGUCGUGCGUCUCGGCCGUCGAGCGCUGCGACAAGCCCGUCGUGGCCGCCGUGCACGGCGUCGCCUGGGGCCUGGCCAUCGACAUCGCCUGCUGCGCCGACGUGCGCCUCGCCGCCGCCGACGCCUCCUUCUCCGUCAAGGAGGUCGACAUCGGGCUCGCCGCCGACAUCGGCACGCUGAGCCGCCUGCCCAAGUGCGUCGGGUCCGCCUCCUGGGUCAAGGACGUGUGCCUGUCGGCGCGCGUGUUCGACGCCCGCGAGGCGCUGGCCCAGGGCUUCGUGAGCCGCGUGCUCGAGUCCAAGGCCGCGUGCGUCGCCGCGGCCGUGCAGACGGCCAGCCUGCUGGCCAGCAAGAGCCCCGUCGCCGUGCAGGGCACCAAGGAGAUCCUGAACCAUGCGCGGGACCACACGGUCGCUGAGAGCUUGCGGUACACCAUGGUGUGGAACGGGGCCGCCCUGCAGUCCAAAGACGUGCCCGAGGCGCUCAUGUCCGGCCUGAAGAAGACGAAGCCUAGAUUUGAGAAGCUGUGA